AUGUCUGAAUUUAAUUUUAAUCAACAUUGUCAACAAUUUAUCGAAAAUAUUAAUGAAACUCAUAGUGUUUUUAAUAAUUCUUUAGCUCUUAUUCAACAUUAUAAAGCAGUGAUAUCUUCUUAUGAAACACAUAAUCGUUAUUUAGUAAAUCUAUAUAAUAGAGCUUAUAAAUAUUUUGGCAUAUCUUGGGAAGUUUUUGUUGAAAAUAACGAAGAUUAUGAUUAUUUUGAAAGAGAAGUAAUCAAUCAGAAUCCAGAAGAAGGUGAAGAAUUAGUUGAAAUUGAGGAAAAAAUUGAAGAAAAUGUUGAGAAAAACUUAAAUUUCGAUGGACAAAAUAUCAUUUCAAUAAGUGAUGAUGACGAUAGUGCAUGUAGUUGUAUUGAGUAUGGAGGUAGUUGUGAGGAUUGUUUCAUUAAAAAGGAACAUAAUGAAAAUUAUCGUACUGCCAAUUCGAAUAAUUUUUAUUAUGAAAGUGAUGAUGAUGGGUAUGAAGAGUUUUUACAAAAGAGAGAAUAUAAUAGUUACGAUAGUUAUUUAGAAGAUAAAAACAUCCAGAAUUUUGAAUAUUACAUGUCACAACGUUCUCAACUUAAAUAA